AUGAGCCGAACGGAGCUUUGCCGUGGUAAUAUGGACGUGAUCGAACAAAUAAAUGCUCUUUUUCCUACUGAGCAGUCAUUAUCACAUCUCGAUGCUGUGAUGAUGCAGAUCGAUCGGGAGUGCUCUGCACUAGAUGAGGAGCUUGCUGAAUUGGUGCAGGCUCAUGGUAAUGCUGGUGAAGGCGGUGAUAAAGCUUUAGCUGAAGCUCAUGCUGCAAUGGCUGAACUUGAAGCAAGAGUUAAUGCUAUACGGAUGAAAACUCAGUCUUCUGAAACUGUUGUUCAGGAGAUGACCAGAGAUAUAAAACAAUUAGAUGUGGCAAAAAGAAAUUUAACUUCAUCUAUCAAAACCUUGCAUCAUCUGCAUAUUCUUCUAACAGGAGUUCACUCUUUAGGUAAUUGGAUUGAGCAGAGAAGGUAUGGGGAUAUUGCGUCACAGCUUCCGGCAGUUUUAAAUGUCCUUCAAUUAUUCAAUUCUUACAUGGAGGUAGAGCAAGUUAAAAAUGUUGCUGAACAGCUAGAACGUCUGAAGCAGAAGCUUGCGAUACAACUUGUUCAAGACCUUAAAAUGGCUUUCCAGUCUGGAAGUAUGAACUCUUCAGUAAUGGAUAUGUGUAGUGUGGCUUCUUCUCUUGACCCAGGCGUACAGGCAGAUUUCUGUCGAUGGUUCUGCGAUCAUCAGUUGGCAGAAUAUGCAGUUCUUUAUGGGGAGAGCGAAAGCAUUGCUUGGAUUGACAAAAUCGACCUGAGGUACAAGUGGUUCGUGCAGAAAUUGACUGAGUUUGAAAAGUUGGGUAUGUCAAAGAUGUUCCCUCCUGAUUGGGAGAUGGGGAGAAGAUUAGCUUUUGAAUUCUGCAAUAUGACAAGAGGGAUGCUGGAGAAGAUGAUGUCACAUAGGCGCUCUGAACUGGAUUUUAAAUCAUUAGCAUAUGCAAUCAACCAUACUGUUAUGUUUGAAGGAAUGCUUACAAAGCGUUUUCCAGCAAAGGAUAACUUUGUUUUUGAUAGGAUUAUUUGGAAGGUUUUUGACAAAUAUAUGGAUGUUUUUGUCAUUGCGCAGAAGAAGAAUUUGGACAGUUUCUUGGAAGGUUGUGUAACGAGGAUACGUAGCGGAGCAGAACGUGUCGCGCGUGAAACAGCACCUCAUGCUUAUCCGUUACCUUCCUCAGCCGAUAUGUUUUUGUUGCUGAAGAAAGUUAUUGCAGAAUCUACAAAAUUGUCAUCUAAUUCAAACUCACUGUUGCGGGACUUGGUAGAUGUUUUGAAAGGAUGCUUGCGAGGCUAUGCUCAUGGUUGCCUAACAGCUUUCCUUCCAUCUUUAUCUUCCGCCCCGUCUUCUACUUCCUUACUUCAAACUCUGCUACGCGAUGAAACUGUAGUACGUUUAACUGCUGAUCAACAAUUCUUUACGUGCUGUAUCUUAGCUACUGCUGACUGGUGUGCAGAAACUACAUUGCAGCUUCAAGAAAAGCUAAAGCAGCGUGUACAAACUAUUGAUUUGAACCAGGAAAUGGAAUUGUUUUAUAGUAUUUCUAAUAAUGCAUUGUCGGUUUUGGUGCAAGACGCUGAGGGUGGAUACGAACCAGCUUUGCAGUCUAUGAUGAAAAUCAAUUGGAAUGCCAUAGAAAGUGUAGGAGAUGAGUCACCUUAUGUGUCUUCUAUUCGAUCUCAUCUACGUUCAGUUGUUCCCGUUAUUCGAGAUUCUUUUGCUGACAGAAGAAAAUACUUUGCGCAUUUUUGCUUGAAAUUAGCAACACAGCUGGUAAACAAAUUCUUAGGUGCCCUCUUCAGGUGUCGACCGGUCGGCGUAACUGGUGCAGAACAACUUUUGCUUGACACGCAUGCACUUAAGACCUUUCUGUUGACUAUGCCAUCGGUGGAGUCGUCAAUUAUUACAAAGCCACCAACAGUAUACACAAAUAGCAUUGUCAAGAUUAUGACGAAAGCUGAGAUGAUCCUCAAGGCAUCUACUAUACUACUAUAUCUUACAGUAGUAAUGUCUGAGGUGGCAUCUCAUGAGGAGUUUGUAACAACUUAUGCUCGUAUGUUACCGGAAUCAGACUCGUCCGAGUUACAGAAAGUUCUUGAAAUGAAAGCAAUGCGAAGGCAGGAACAAGCUAGCAUCAUUCAGCUUUAUAGGACCAGAUUUGAAAAUCCGACUUCGAAUGUUUCCGGAGCUUAUUUCAGCAGCACAGUCCUCAACACUAUCAACGCUCGAGAGCAUCGGGGACUCAAGUAUGAGAAGGCUGGAACAAUUAGUAAAAAAGAAACCGUAACCACUGCCGCUGACAUGUUACCGUUAAGAUUAUUUGGGACUCUUACAUAUCCUUAA